AUGCCAUCCCCACCUCCUCGUGCUGCCCUCGUCAACCUCAACACCCCUUAUGCCAAGCGGAAGCUUAGCGACACCGAACGACGCGCCAUCUACGAGAAGCUGCUUUCACGCAGCACCGACGGCGAGCUUCCACAUGGAGCAUACGCUAACACUGCGCGCCUAUUCAACUGCAACUGGCGCUCUGUGUCUCGCAUCUGGGCUCGAGGAAGGAAGUCGUCGCAGCAAGGCAACGUCGACGCCAAAUUCAAAGGCAAAUCUGGAUCGAAACGAAAGUACACGACCUCCGACAUCGAGCGCGCAGUCAAGGCUUUGCCGAUUCAAGCGAGGCAAACCUUGAGAACAAUGGCGGCCCAAUCAGGCGUGGCCAAGACAACUCUUGUUCGGCAUAUGGCCGAAGAAAAGCGACUCAAGGCCAAGUCGAGCUACUCCAAACCCCUCCUCACCGACGAAAAUGCUCGUGGCCGCAUGGAACAUGCACUGUCCUUACUUCAACAGUCGCCAAAUAGGACUACUUUCUCCAAAAUGCACCAAUAUGUGCAUAUUGAUGAAAAGUGGUUCUUUUUGACGACUGUACGAAAAUGA